UGCUCAGGCCGACAGUCUUUAUCAGGUCGGCAUUUCGAGCGGUUCUCAUCUCCAGCGACAAUCGAUCGUUCAGGAUUCUUCCUAGCUCACUGUGAUUGUGAAAGUAACAUAUAUAGUGCAUUAUCUGAGCUGAAGAGUAGAUAACCCCCGGCUGGGACCUUUAAGAUCGCUUCGAGACGCGACACAGACACCGUAACAACAAAACUGGGAAUACCUAGUCUAGUGUUUCUAACACGUGAAUUGGCAUUUCUGUUUUGAAAUCUGACAAAACUGAGUAUUAUAUAUAAUAUACACAUCUUUAACUAAUUUCUACAAAGAGCAGGUUGCGACCUGCGAUCCGAAAGUGACAUGAUCGGAAAAUCACGCAUUGCCUUGACCAGCCUGCUGGGAUUAAUUCUGGCAACAGGAGGAUUCGUCUAUCUGAUCAACCUGGAGCAGCUACAGCACAAAGCCAUGGAGUGGCUCAUGGUGCUCCAGCCCAACACAAUGAUGACGAAUCUGUGGCAGUAUCCAAGCCUCCCAAUGACAGCCUACGUCUACAUCUUCAACUGGACCAAUUCAGAUGAAAUCGAUAAUCCACUGGUGAAGCCACGCUUUGAGGAACUUGGACCCUACACCUUCACCGAGCAGAUACAAAAGUUGAAUGUCACCUGGAACCCGGAGAACUCAACGGUGUCGUAUCUGCGCAAGAGUCGCUUCACAUUUGUGCCCGAGCUGAGCAAGGGAAAUCUUAACGAUGUGGUGAUCCAACCAAAUACUCUCACGGUGGGCAUUACGCACAAGGCGCAACGAUGGAAUCCCGUGCUGCGUUCCUUCAUGAUGAUUGCCCUGAAUAUGUACGGUAAUGAUGCGACUUUUACGCGCACAGCGGAUGAAUGGAUAUUCGAGGGGUUCGAUACACCGCUGAUUAAGAUGAGUUCCAUGGUGCCCAGCAAGCUGUUGCCGCAAAUGCAUUUUCCCUACGAGCGCAUAGGCUACGGAUAUCCACGCAAUGGCAGCACAGAGGUCUACGGCCAUCAUAACAUCUACACGGGUGCCGAUGACUUUAGUAAAAUCGGGCAAAUUGCGCGUUGGCGUUAUGAUGAUGUGGCAGCGUCUUAUCCACAUUGCAAGCUCAAGGGCAGCAUUGGAGAAUUCCAUCCGAUACCGCUGCAACAAGGGAAACCUAUCUCCUAUUUUCUGCCCGAUAUUUGUCGCGAGCUACAGGCGGAUUAUGCGGGAACCACAAUCUUCGAGGGCGUCGAGGCAUAUGUCUACAAAGGCAGUCGACGUUCUAUGGCUAAUGGCACCGAUAAUCCGGAUAACAGCUGUUACUGCCAGGACGAUUGUAAGGAGGUGCGUUCCGGCUUAAUGAAUGUGUCCGCCUGCUACUACGAUGUCCCCAUCUUCGCUUCUUAUCCGCACUUCUACAAUGCCGAUCCCUACUACGUCGACGCUGUGGAGGGCCUAAAGCCCGAUAAGGAGCGCCAUGAAAUGGUCAUCAUACUGGAGCCCAAAACGGGAAUGUUGCUCGACAUUAAGGCGCGUCUUAUGAUUAGUUUGCUGGUGGAGCCACGUCGUGAAUCCGCCUUUCGCAAUGCUCCUCGAACUUUUCUGCCUCUGAUUUGGGUAGACUAUCGAGUGCAAAUUACACCCGAUCUGCUCUUCUACCUGAACCUGCUGCCCAUCUCAACGAUUGUUAGCAAAAUCUGUGGCAUUCUCGUUAUCAUUUUGGGACUAACGUUGCUGUUCUAUUAUCCGCGGAAAAUCUUCAUACAGCGACAGUUUAUACGACAAAUUGAUAUUACAAAUCUAGAGAAUCGCAUUCAAGCAACGAGUGCUGUGAAUCCUGAGCUCAAGAACAUUGGGGCCGAGGGAUCCCCCCUCCUGGUGGGUCUACAAUAUGUUGCGGCGUCAGCUGAAGCGGAAUGCGCCAGUUGCGGAAGUGACGAGUCGAACAAAAUCAACAACUCAAGGAUUAUAGCGCAAGCAGCGUCAACGACUCCGACAACGUCGAGUAGAGCAACGUUAUACAAACGCUUGGCUUCAGUGCAGCGCUGCAAGAGCAAGAGAACAGGCGACAACGACGCCGACGUCGCACAACAAAAAUCAACGAAAGUUUCCUUCAAAACAAAAAGACUAAUAACUGCUGCUGCAAAUACAACAGAAGGCGAAGACAGCAGUAGUGAUAGUCACAGUGACAGCAGCAGCAGCAGAAGUCGUCAUCAUCGAGAACAGGAGCAACAACAACAGUUAAAGAUGACAUCACGUGCAUGUCAUUGUGCCUGGCGGCUGGUCAUUGUGAUAUUGGGCGUAUGCUUUAUUGCCGCCGGCGUUUACUUGCUUCGCAAUUGGAUCGACAUCUUUACGCGCAUGCGCGGCAAGGAAAUGGCACUGAGUCCCACGUCGCGAGCAUACCCCGAUUGGAAAGUGUCACCGCUGCCCCUUAACUUUGACGUUUAUCUCUUUAACUGGACGAAUCCGGAGGACUUUUAUGUGGAUUCCCCGCGGAAGCCACGCUUCGAGCAGUUGGGUCCCUAUCGCUUUAGGGAACAACCCGACAAAGUGGACAUUGAGUGGCACAAUCAGAAUGCCUCGGUGUCGUUUCGAAAGAAGGCUUUCUACUACUUUGAUGCUGCCGGCAGCAAUGGUACGCUCGAGGAUAUUGUCACCUCGGUGAAUACUGUGGCGCAUGCCGCAGCACGUCGCCUCGAUGAAUUGUCUUCUUUUGCUAAGUUAAUAGCCUCAGCAGGAUUGAGUGCCUCACAGGAAGUGAGCGAAACCCACACUGCCGAGGAGUGGCUCUUCAAGGGUUUUAUUCAUCCAUUGGUUUCACUUGGCAAAUUCAUUCGGCCUGAGGACGUGCCCUACGAUCGCGUUGGCUAUCAAUAUGACCGCAAUGGCACGACCAGCUUUGAUGGCGACAUUAAUAUGUUCACGGGCGCCGAUGACAUCAGCAAAAUGGGACAAAUCUACACGUGGAACAAUCUAACGCAUACAGGGGCCUUUGAGGGCACUUGUGGCGAAGUUCAUGGCUCCAUGGGCGAAUUCUUCCCACCCAAUUUGAGCACCAACGGCAGCGUAUAUCUCUACAUGCCCAAAAUGUGUCGCGCCGUACCCUUGGACUAUACGGAAACGGUGACUGUUCACGGCGUUACGGCGUACAAGUUUAGUGGUACACGUCAUGCCGUGGACAACGGCACCAUGUAUCCGGAUGCCAGUUGCUAUUGCGUGAAAGGCAAGUGCAACCCAGCGGGAGUCAUAAAUAUUGGUCCCUGUUCAUACAAUGCAUCGAUAUACAUGUCGUAUCCGCACUUUUAUAUGGCGGAUCCCAGUUAUCUGGAGGCUGUGGACGGUCUACAGCCGGAGAAGGAGAAGCAUGAGUUUUACAUGGCACUGGAGCCAAACGCUGGCGUGCCCAUGGAUGUGGGCGGUGGCUUCCAAGCCAACUUUUUAAUGGAGCCCAUCAGAGGAGUAUCUUUGUAUGCGCGCGUGCCCCGUGUCAUGAUGCCGCUGAUGUGGGCCGAGGAACGUGUGCGUGUCACGGAGGAGAUUGCCGCCAACAUUGCACUGGUGCCGCUCAUAGUGCUAAUUGGGCAGAUCGUGACGGGCAUUUUGCUUGCCGGUGGUCUGCUUUGCACUUGCUGGUAUCCCACACGCAAGAUGACGCGUCUGUGUCACAGCGAUGAUCCCAAAGCGAAGGCAGCGGUGCUGCGGCCUCUGACCACGCUCAGCGUUGCUGGCGGCAUUGGCAGUGGUUUGACAAAUGCCAAUGCCAAUGCCAUUACAAUGCAGCAGUUAUUCCAUCAGCAUGACAGCCAGAAUGAGCGUGUGGGCGUCCGACUGCUCGACUAUAGACGCAGUUCGGGAUUGACCGAUAGCGGCUGCAGCUCGGCUAGUGAACGACUCCUUGAGAGCGGCUCAACAGAUGUGAUAAUUAGUUAAUAUAUCUAUACGUAUCGUUGCAUCUUGCAUUUUGAAUCGACCCAACCGUUAAAACUUUAUACAUAUACUAUAUAAAUACUAUAGAUUGCCUUUUUUAGCCUUAACUGCCUCAUACAUAGCACCACAAGCUAUUAGUAAGGAACACACAUACACAAACAUAUAUAUCAUAUCGCAACACACACUCACACACACCCAAGUACACUCAUCACACUCACACUCAUAUGGUUUCCUCACAUCAACUGCGCACUUGUUGCGCGGGGACAUAUAGAGAGAGAUUAAUAAGAUUAUUUAUUUAUUAGUGCCAAAAACAAGAGUAAGGAAAAACACAUGUUAGAAUGAAACGUGAAAAAGCAAAAAGAAACGAAGAGAAAAAUCAAAAAGUCAUUAACUAUGUUAGUAACUUAAUUUAAACGCUGUACAUAAGUGAUUAAUCGCCUACCCAUUGUUAACGUUAACGUUUAGUAAAACUGCGCACGUCCAAAGUAUUUUUUUAUAUUUAUACUACAUAUUACAUAAAUUUAAUGCAUAACAAUUAUUUUUGUAAAGCGAUCAUCUUUUCUCUUUUUAAGUUCAAAAACAAAAUGAAGUGAUACAAUUCAAAGUGGGAUUUAAGUUAAAAGAAAAAAAGAAAACAAAACCCAAUUCCUUAAAAAAUAAAAAAGAAACCAAAUUGAAAUGGAAAUCAACAAAACAAAAA